AUGGAGAAUGUGUCAUCAGAGAGCCUGAUCGCAGCAAGGGACCGACCGCCGUUGACCAUUGAAAAGCUUCCUGGUGACGUGCUCUUCGACAUUGCCACCAACAUUGGCCAUCUGUCGACAUUUCAAUCCCUAAUCAGCGCCUCUCCAACCAUCAGACGGGCGUUCAAAGAGCACGAACACUUGGUGGCCGCGCGCCUCAUACAGCGUUAUAUCCACCCAAGCGUUUUACCCGAGGCUGUUGUCUGCCACGAGGUCAAUGUUCUCGGCAAAGACUAUGGCUCGGAGGAGUACAAAUCGCAAUGGCUUACUCUUCUCGGGCAUCUAGCCACAGAUCGAAAUGCUUCUCAUUUCAAGUUUGAUUUGAGAGCCGUUUACCAGCUCGUCAACUUCCACAAGGUGAUUGAGUUGUUGACCCAGAGGCUCUGGGACUGUGCGAUAGACCCAUGGCGGCCAGAUUCUUGGCCGGCCAAGGCCAUGACUCGAUCCGAGCAGCUUCGGACAUCCAGGGCAAUGUAUCGCUUGCAAAUCUUCUUCCUUGGGCCGCUUGAUGCAGAUAUUGCAAAGAACUUCUCGAAACUGUUCUGUGCCUGGGAAGUAGAUCAAAUGAUCGCCGUUCAGUACUGGCUCACACGAACGGUAGCCAAAGCAUUCAAGUACUGUGCAUCCAUGGAUAUUGAGUUCGCCCUUGAGAACACAGCUUACUGGCUACCGAAUCGCGAACGUGAGCACUUGAUGCUUACCAAGGUUUUGCAAAAGAGUGGCGCUACUAUGCGAGAUCUGUUCUUCCUAGAUUUGCAGCGCAAAUUCGACGCCAUCAAAGGCCCCAUUCCCCAGCAGCAUGAGAACUGGACUCUAGACGAUUUUACUCUCAGAUCAACAGCAAUACGUCUUUUGUCAAAGCCACUUUAUGAUUUGCGAGAAGAACUCUCUUCAGUGAUACAGGGUGGGGACGAAGGACUCUUGAGAAUGAUAGAACGGCAGCCCGUACAUGACGACCUUGAUUCAAGCAAGGUAUGGCGCGCGGCAUAUCAUCACGGCCUUGACUUCCGCAAGUGGAGUCAUCAGGUGAAAGCACUCUGCAUCCUCUGUGACAAGGACAGACUCGAUCAACUUGGUUUCCCCGACGGCGAGAUUCCCUCCAUUGACUCAGCAUUCAUCGACAUGGAAGACUGGCGAGAGGAGUCAGACCAUGAGUCUUCCAUGACAGCGAAGCGGACGCUGUACGAUUCUGGACACCGGGGCUUCUUCGACUUUAACAAGUUUCGGGGAAACUGGAGCGCCCCAAUCUUGGAUGACGUGGGUCGUCUUUUGCGCUUUCACUUCGACUCCUCCUGUCCGCUUUGUAAGCCUGGUAUUGAGGACAAUGAUAUCAGCUUCCUAUGGCUCUUAUAA